UGGUUAGAAAACUCAGUGGCGACGCACCGGACCCUUUCAGGCGUCGGACAGCUUCCUGUCCUGUGGCAGGUCAAAAUGUUGUCUGUGAGAUUGUGGCAGCGGCUCAAGUCCGUUUUAUCUCAACGUGGAAACGCAAGUUUAAGAAGUUUGACGUCACACGUCGUCCAACGGAAAGAUGACAUGAUCGUAAAAAUGGAAAAUCCGUACAAAGAACCACAGAAAGGAUGUGUCCUCUGCAACGUCAAGGUGGAUUUUAAAAAUAUUCAGCUGCUGUCCCAGUUCAUCUCACCGCACACCGGCCGAAUUUAUGGCCGACACAUCACAGGCUUGUGUGGAAGAAAGCAAAAGGAAAUCUCCAAAGCUGUAAAGAAAGCUCACUCCAUGGGUUUCAUGUCGGUGACCCACAAGCACCCCCAGUUCAUGAGGGACCCCAACGUCUGUGGUAUCAAACAUCUGGAUUAGCGGAUCAGCGUGUGUCGUCUCCUGUGUUUACCCUGUGAUCAAGUGUUUAUUAAAGUGUCACUUCUCUCGGUUCA